AUGACCAGCACUGCCAGCACUACCAACAUCUCUAGCCCCCCAGGGCCCCCGGAGAUGCCAACUAAGCUGCAGUACGAGCUGAAGACAAUCCGGGAAAUGCAGGAAAGACUGAGCCUCGGUAUUUCCCAAAUGGUGCGCAACUUCGGAGACACGACCCACGGCGAGCUGCAGGACUACUGCCGAAUGUCCGAACUCAUGACCAAAAGAACAGCCACACUUCGGAUCCAACUGGAGAAGAUCGACCCAACCGGUCUGUACGAUGUGUGCAAGAAGCUCUGGGACGUUGAGUGGGAGUCCAAGCAGCUGUCUGCCAUGUACCGUCACCAGGCGUACCUCUACCAAAUUUGGCUGCAAGGAUUCCGCGAGCAGUCCAGCAAGCAAGCCGCAGUACUCGAGUUACUCCUGAACGAUCCCGUCUUCGACCCCCUUCGCCUGCCCAUGGAUGCCCUCUACCGGAAUGACCCUGACGCUACGCCAUAUACAACCGAUUAUACGCAACACUUUGUUGGCGAGGAUCCCCUGCACACGGACGCCGUUGAACUGCGACGUGCACCCGAGACGGUCGAUUUUUCCUCGACACCUACCGUGCUGCUCGGUGGAAGCCCUCUGGUGAAGUUUUAUGGCCAGUCUCAGGGUUGUAGACGCAGGGGGCGUGAAGAGGUUGCGACUAUCAAUCCGGCUUUGUUGCAGCUGAGGGAUCCAGACGAAUUUCUCAACCUGACCUGA